GUUGUACCCCGAAUCCAAUAUAAAUCGCAGCGUUCCCCGUCCCUCUCUCUCCUUUCCUCCUCCCUCCGCCGCCGCCGCCGCCGCCGCCGCCGCCUCCGCCUCCUCUUUGUUUCUCCUCUUAGGGGCUAGGGCUUGGCUUUCGAGAGGCAGCACCGCCGCCGGGGCAAUCGAGCAGGCGGAGGGGAGGAGCUAAUCAAAUCAAGUCAAAUCGAAUCAAAUCAAAUUCAAAUUCAAAUUCGACUAGGGCAGCAGGAGGAGGAUGGUUUCCCUGUCGACGUGGUUUCGCUACGCCGCGCACAAGUUCGAGUACUCCAUCUCCCUCUCAUGGAAGAAGUAUAACGUUGGCCAGAUCAACAGCACCCAGUUAACCGAUGCCGUCUGGAAGAACUUCUUCCAAGGCAAGCUCACCUACAUGCAUUGGAACAAGGGGGGAGAAGCCAUGGCCCCCAUCGAAUCUACUACGGGAGGAACCCUCCUUGUUAGAAAGCUCGUCAAUUUGUCUCCAACACAAGUCUUUGUUGGUGAUGUUGUCUUACUAAAAGACCCAGAGAAAUCUGAUGAUUUAAUCGUUCGACGAUUGGCUGCCCUAGAAGGUUAUGAGAUGGUCUCUAAUGAUGAGAAGGAUGAGCCGUUUGUACUUGACAAGGAUCAAUGCUGGGUUCUGGCAGACAACCAAUCACUAAAGCCAAAGGAAGCUAGGGAUAGCCGCUUGUUUGGACCAGUCCCUAUGACUGAUAUCCUUGGCAGAGUGAUAUACUCUUUAAGAACGGCUGUCGACCAUGGCCCAGUGGAGAACAGCCGAAUGGCCAUGAACCAGGAUUCACCAGUUCUGGCAGUAGAGCUUGAUGUGGAAGAGAUGGCGAAGAAUAAUAAAGUGUAGAUAAUUAGUGCUUUUGACGUGCUGUGGUGUAACUUUUCCCUUCGAUGGAUUUUGUUAUUCGAGAGAUUAGUUGCUUCAAGUAGAACAUUAUUCUGAACUUGUUCACUAUUUACUCGUGGAGAAGUCAAUAAUCAUAAGAAUAACCAUACGGGUUGCUAAAUUUUGAUC